AAAAACUAUGAGUAGCGUGUUGUGCUUCGCGCAAGCACCUGCCUUUGACAACGUUGAAGGGCGCGCUCGGUCCAAGCUUGCCACGUUCGUAUGGUCCAGAGCAGGCCGUUUACAAAUUCCCGGCUCGUCCCACGUGCCUUCGUAGCCACGUGAUCCAUAGCCGUACGCUCGUGGACGGUGCUGGCGCCAAUCAGAUUGCCGUCUCGUCCGACGUAAGCUCGAGCCACAUCGUCGACUGUCCCAUGGCCGCCACCAGAUUCAAACCCGGUAUCGACUGCGGCGUGUGUACCCUGCGACAGUGCAAAUGCGGCGUUUGAUUGGCCACGCUCUUUUGACGCGCCAGCUAGACACGAUGCAAUCCCCACUCGUCGGGCGAGCGGUAGCACCUUGUGCUCAGACGCAGCGCUCUGUCACAUUUUUCACAGCGGCCGCUUCAGGAUCACACUUUUCCUUUUCCCAUUCGACCUCGACAACUACCAUGGCGUCCGGCGACGUUGCGUUCGCGGUGCUCACGAACGGCCCGCUCCUCGACUCGAUCCUCUCGUACCAGCACGGCCUCAGCCAAGGCGUCUCCAAGAUCGUCAUGGGCUACCGCAAGAAGACCAAGCACGCGCUUGUGUGCAAGAAGCAAAAGCAGGCGCUGCUCGCAUCGCCCGACAUGUUCCGCGCCUACGUGCUCCUCAAGCUCAUCGAGAAGAAGGACGUGCGCAGCGCGAAAGCGCUCAUGGCCGAGCGCCCGACCGGCUACACGUGCCCGAGCUUCGAAGGCGGGUACCUCUACGGCAUCAACACGGCCGCGCAGCUCCGUGACACGGCGCUCGUCACGUUCCUCCACAAGCAAAACGUCGGCAAGUGCACGAAACACGCGCUCGACACGGCCGCGUCCAACGGCGACUAUGAAAUUGCCGAGUUCCUCGUCAUGAACCGCGACGAAGGCUGCUCGCUCGCGGGCUUUAUGCUCGCCGAGAAGCACGGCCACACCAAGGUGCUCGAGUUCCUCCGCGAGCACCGUCCGCGGGACCAAAACAAGUGCCCCCCGGUCGACCCCAAGUUUUCGCUCCUUCCCACGUGGUUUGUCAACCUGUGAGCGGCUCCGAGUCGGAAGAGCCCUGUCGUGAACCUUGUGUGUUAUUUAAUCCCACCAACACUUAUCUAUUCCA